GUCAGGCAGGCAGUUCUGCGGGAAUCCCUGAAUGCGCAUUUUGCAGUGGGACAGGAGAGAGUGCAAGGUGCUAGUGGCAGCAGAGUCGUGACGCGCGAAGAACCAGCGAAGCGAUUCGCCUUGACUGACUCCAUGUGCAAAGAGAAAUGUUUGGAGCGGAUGACAGAGGAGCUAGUCUGAAACGAACAGGAACAGGCAUGAAGCGCCCAUUUAGCCCAACCCCGGCCGGAAACGGCGACACACCAGCUGAUUCUCAUGUCAACGGGACUGCCUCGUCCUCCUCGGACGCGUGCGAGCGCGACCCGCGGCCGAAGCGCGAGCGCAAGCAGCGGACGCUGACCCUGUGCGAGGUGUGCAACAUCCAGCUGAACUCCAGCGCCCAGGCGCAGAUCCACUACAACGGCAAGACCCACCAGCGGCGGCUGAGGCAGGCCAGCCUGGGCAAGGGCCACGCCGGAGGAGGAGCGGGAGCAGGCGGAGGAGGGGGGUCCAGCAGCAAGAACAACACAGGAAGUCCCGCCCAGGGAAGCCCCCUGCUGGCCUCGCUGUCCCUGCCUGGCCGCCCCCUACAGCCCCAACUGGACCUCAAGCACUUCCUGCCCCUCAGGGUCAAUGGCACGACCCCCCUCAGCCUUUUCCCCAACUUCAACACGAUGGACCCGGUCCAGAAGGCGGUCAUCAACCACACAUUUGGGGUUCCGCAGCCACUCAAGAAGAAACAGAUCAUCUCCUGCAACAUCUGCCACCUACGCUUCAACUCAACCAACCAGGCUGAGGCCCAUUACAAGGGUCACAAGCACGCCCGCAAGCUCAAGGCCCUGGACAACAUGAAGAACAAACAGAGGAACCACGGAGCGGCAGGCAGGGAGAGAGAGAAGGAGAGGGAGAGAGAGAGGGAGCGAGAGAAGGAGAGGGAGAGGGAGAGGGAACCGGAGGAGGUGAAGAUCGAGACCCCACAGCCUCUGAUGGACACGACCCUGGCCGAGAGAACAGCGGUCAGCGAGGCCCAGCCUGGCGUGUGUAAGCUGGAGGAAGCCCAGGGGAGCUCGCUGAUGCUCACCCCUGUCUCCGAGACCUCCUCGCUGGAUGCGCCAGCUCACCUCUCCCCCGAAGUCUCUCCCGUCUCUGGGCAGCCAGAGAGCGUGACAGACAGCCCCCCUGCUCCAGAGCCCGAGCACCCAGAGCCCCCCAAGAGUGAAGGGGACCCCCCCAGCAGUGUGGACGAGGAGAAGGACCCCAAAAAGAGCAGCAAGCAGCACCUGCACUGUCCUGUGUGCAAAAUCACAGUGAACUCCUCGUCCCAGCUGGAGGCGCACUACAGCGGCUCCAAGCACAAGCUGAUGCUGGAGGGUCAGAGUGUGCAGCCGCGGCGACGAGGGAAGCUAGUUUCCUCCCGCAUGGCAACCAGGACCAAACGCCACGGCAACAAGAGCUGCACGCCGCUGGCCAGCCAGUCCUUCCACUGCGACAUCUGUGACAUCACAGUCAAUUCAGAGACGCAGCUGAAACAGCACACGAGCAGUAGGAGGCAUAAGGACCGCCUGGCUGGGAAACCUCCCAAACCAAAGUUCAGCCCCUACACCAAGAGCCAAACCAACUCUGUGCUAGCGCUCAAGCAUGCUCUUCAUGCACAACUCCAGACCACUUCAUUUUCUCACAGAGCCUCCUCAGUGGCUGUGCCUAACAGUGUCAGGUGGAAUGGGUUUUCGGGGGUGUCGGGUGGUGCCCUCUCCACCCUGGGGGGUCUCUGCCACCCCUGCGCCAUCACCACUAUUAGCCCUCAGACCAAACUGGCCCUGCAGAAGCAGCUCUCCAAGACCCUGACCGCCAGCUUCCUCCCCUCUCCUCUCACCCAAGCAACCCUCUGCACCAUGGCAACCAAUCCGCUCACCCUGCGGCACGCCCCCGGUCCAGCCACCAUCAUCCAGACACCUCUGCUCAGCCCCGCCCUCUUUAGGCCCGCCCCCGGGCCCCUGAGGGCCACCCACGCGCCAAUCAUCUUCUCCCCUUACUAGAGGUGGCCAAUCACAGGGCCACAGCAUCGGUGAAGCUAUGCAGUCAGAGAGAGCUACAGACCAACAGGAUUAAAAAUAAAUCUGUCACCAGUAUUAUCUCUUCUACUUUUUGAUUGCUAUUAUAAGCCAUAUUCUGAUGUGUAUGGCGUAAAACUGUAAGCCUUGAUUCCACUUUCACCCUGUGAGAGUUCAGAAAUCGAAGCUAGACUUUCAUUGGCCCCUUUGGACAGGAAAGACAAGUGUAUUCUUGUUCAUCCAUGGAUAUCUUCUUAAUGCAGGGGUUUAUUCUAGUGACUAUGCCUCCUUCUGUAGUGUACUGUGCCCCCUAGUGGAAAAAUAAAGUAAUACAUAACUAGUUUUUGACACCUACAGUACGAGUUUAAUUAAAUGUUUGGCCUUGGGCCACACAGGCUUGGGGUCAAAGUUAUUGCCUCGGAAACACAAAGCCCCGUCCCUUCCUGUUUGGUCUGUAGCUGAGGCCAGAGAGACUUCCUGUCUGCACCUUGUGAGGACUGGUGGCGGCAGCAGAGUUUAUGUCUACGUUUUUAUUUGUGUUCUAAUUAUUUAUUAGACGUUAGAUGACUAUAGAGUUUAAGAUAGGCCUUUGUUUAUGUGUCGUGAGGCGAUUGCCAAUAUCCCUUUACUUGAUUAAUACUGCUUUAUGAUGAUGUUUCUGUUGUACCUGUUGAAAAAGAGAGAGAGAAAGAGACAGAUGGAGAGAUACAGUACAAGGGUUACGUUUUUAAAAGAUUCUCACACAUCGCUGAUUACAAGUUUAAAAGAUGUGAUUAUUGAAAAUGGAGGCCCAUGGGUCUUUUCUGCAGUCAAUCCAUCACUUACUCUCUGUCAUAGCACUAUGUGGGCAUCUCUCUUUUUCUUUCUUUCUCUCUCUCUCUCUCCCUUCCUCCCUCCUUGUCUCUCCCCUUCCCUCCUCUCUCAUCAAAGAAGAUCUUUAUUAUUCAGCUGUAGACAAUCAGUCCCAGCCAGAGCAGAACUGUAAAAAAAUGUGAAACUAUAGCGAUGAUCUUUUUUCAGGAGCUUCAUAUCCACGCACACAGAAACAGACACAGACAAAGAUGCAGAAACACUAAAUAAAACGUUGACUGGCAAGUUGGGCCUCUGCUUGCAAGUUGGGCCUUACUGGAUGAGAUCUGGUGUCUGCUGGGGAGGGGAAAAGAGACAAAAUCAGUGUUGAAAAAAGGGUUCCUUCUUCUCGGAAUCACAGCCAUAUCCUGACUCUCUCUCUCUUUGUGUACUAGACAGCUAAUGUAGCUGUUUGUCAUGGUGUGCGGGGACUGGAUCUCAUCUGUAACAUGGGAGUAUUGGGCCUGCACAACAGCUCAAUAGAGCCUGCCAAGACUUUUUGAUGGGCAGGUCCUCUUGUUGCCUGCAGACAAGAAAACAGCACACAGAAGUGAUAGACAAGGAGUCAGUUUCCUUCAAACUACUACAAAAAGGAGUUGGUUCAUCUCAAGCAUGGGAACUUGUUGUGGAGUAUAUGGGGAAUUUGUUUGAUAAACUGACAUUGGCAAGGAAACUUGCUGUCUGUCAUCACUGGUGACAACUGACAACAUUGUGCAGCGUCAAUGCUGGAACAUUCAAAGAGAGGUCGGAUGCGUGAAGCCAUUCUACUUGAAAAGGAGGUUGCCCUGUUCUCAGCGCCAACUUUGACCCCUGACCCCUGAAUUUUCUAUGUGAGUGUUUUACUGGGCAAAAAAAGCUGAAUUUAGAAUUUAAAAUUAAACAAAAAAAAAUAAUUACAUAAAUAAAUAAAUGAAGUUAUAUUUGUGUCAUAUCAGCAACAUUUAAUAUUAAGUCUUUUAAGGAUCAUAAAUGUAUAUGGUCAUAUCAAGCUGCUAUCACCUCUAAGUUAUCAUCCCAUGACCCUCCCCGACUGCAGAUGAUGCUGGGCCUCUUCUAGCCCAGAACUGGGCCAGAUGAAUUCUGGUGUCAGCUGCCACCCGGGCCCUUUGUUUCUCUGAGUAGAUGUGCAGUAUAAAUUGUAAGCAAUAUCAUAAUUGUGUGUCCAACUCUGUAUUUUGAGACUCACAUGUUGGAUAUCUCAUGGAUAUUUUUGCCAAUCCCUUGCAAUAAUGUAAAGUCAUACAUAGAGAGUAUGUGUACAGCAUACCAUUUUUUUUGUUGAUGUAACUUAUCUGAUCAUAUAAAAAGAUUAAUGAAUUAUUAUGACUCCCUCA